AUGGAUAACUCUCGUUCCGAAGAACUGAGUGAACAUCAGAGAACGAAUUCUCUUAGGAACUUUAUUGCUGGUGGAGUUGGCGGUGUAUUCUGCGUCUUAUCAGGCCAUCCAUUUGACACAAUUAAAGUCAGAGUUCAGACUGCAACACACACCCCUUUAGGAGACAUAGCCGUUUUCAAGGGUACUUACGACUGCCUGCGGAAAACCGUCGUCAAUGAGGGUUUCUUUGCACUCUACAAAGGCAUGGCUGCUCCUCUCACUGGUGUUGCUCCUCUCUUUGCCUUGUAUUUUUUUGGAUGUUCCGUCGGCAAGCGUUUACAGCAAACGGAUCCAGAUCAAAUUAUGACCCCAUUCCAAAAUUUCAAUGCUGGUGCAUUUGCUGGUGUUCUUACAACCACUGUGAUGGCACCAGGCGAGCGGAUAAAAUGUCUCUUGCAAGUGCAACAUUCAAAGCACACAGCAAAGUAUUCCGGCCCUAUUGAUGUCGUGAAGCAAUUGUAUAAAGAAGGCGGUCUGAAGAGUAUUUUUCGUGGAACGGCUGUUACCUUAUUAAGAGGUAUGAGUUUAUUAAUUUUUCUGAAAAGAAAGGCGAGUAUGACACGUUCACGGUAUACAUUUGCGUAA